AUGUGGACCCAACGUGAUCAGUUCACAAACCAGCAGAUCCCCCUACAAGACCAGGACAUCAUCCUACGACAACAUACACAACGGUUGUCUAACCACCCCCACAGUGAGAAGUCAAAGACACCUGUCUCAAAGAGCACCCCCACUGACCGCGUUGCUGUAGGUGAUUUAGUCUACCUCUACGCCGAUCGGAACAAGACCAGAGCCCGCGAUCGCUACCUAGUCGUAGAAAUAACCGGCUCGUUCUGCAACGUCAAGAAAUUUGUUGGCUCCCAACUCCGCAGCACGUCUUACCGAGUGAAGAUGUCUGAGUGCUAUCGAGUCCCAUCCGAAGUCGUGAACCACAGACCACCUGCUCCCAAUAGGGACGCUGACUCAUCAUCUGACGAAACUCCACCAACACAGCCAGAACCACCGCCUCCGCCAAACAUUCCGUGCGCGAUCUCGACACCUUCUACCCAGGAAUUCCCCCACCUUGAUGACUUCCCUACCAGCCACGAUGAGUCUCACGAUACCGUGACCGUGACCCACCCUGAUGAAACCAGAGACCCCUAUGCUAGCGACAGCGAAUCAGAUGCCACCCCCCCUCCUCGCCGAUCCACACGUGAGCGACGCCGACCCGCACGUUUUGAGGACUUUGAUAUGGAUUAA